AUGAAACAAGUGUUGUUAUUUAUAGUUGUUGUUGUGAUAACAAUGUCACACACUGUUGUUGCAGCAGCGGCGGCGGCAGCAGCAUGUCCUUGCUCAGAUACCUCAUUAUGUCAACCUCUGACGGUUGGACCUAGACAAGAGUUCUUAGGCUUCACGACUGGACCAAACUAUGAACAGUUCGAUUGGAGUCAUCUUACAACUCUAGGAGUAUACUAUAACAUUGACCCACAGUUGUUAUGUGUGGCACACAGCCACAAUGUGCGCUUGGUCAAUGGUGUCGCAUUCCCAAUCGAUCAGCUGGGCAAUACCCAAGCGCAAGAGCAAUGGAUCCAACAGCAAAUACAAUGGGUACAGGAGAACAACUUUGAUGGCAUUAACUUUGACAUUGAGGACCCUAUCUGGCCCAACAUGACCCUGACCAGCGCCCUGCUCACGGCCUUUAUCGCACAGACCACCUACGAGUUCAAACAGGUGAACCCUAACUACCAGGUGACGGCCGACGUCUCCUGGUCGCCCAACUGCAUAGAUGGCCGUUGCUACGACUUUUUCGGACUGUCGCAGGCGACCGACUUUCUCGUCGUGAUGGACUAUGAUCUGCGCAGCCAAGUGUUUAGUGAUCAAUGCACGGCAUCAGCCAACUCGCCACUGGACCUCGUCACCCAGGGAAUGAUCAACUUUACAAACAUUGGUGUGCCCGCCAACAAACUGGUGAUGGCCGUGCCAUGGUACGGAUACACAUACCAAUGCUUGGGCGACUCGUUGAGCAUCGACACCAUUGUCUGUCCCAUUGCUUUGGUGCCAUUCCUCGGCGUCAACUGCAGUGAUGCAGCUGGAAAGCAGUUUCCCUAUAGUCAAAUCGUCGAAAUGUUAGCCAAUCAAUCUCUCGUCUCAACGGGAGAGCUAUGGUCUGAUGAGCUGUCAUCGCCAUUCUUCAACUACAUGUUGGAGAGUGGUCAGCUCAACCAAGUUUGGUAUGACAACCCCGAGUCACUAUCAAUCAAAGUGUCGAUGGCCAAGAAGUUAGGUCUUCGCGGUGUCAGUGUCUGGGUCCUGGACUUCCUAUCCACCGCUCAACCAACUGAAACCCAGAUGAUGUGGGAUGCAAUGAACUCA